UAACCGCUUGCUUCUUCAACUCGGACUCGGAACUCACUCAAAUCUCUACUACCAUUUCCUCUCUCUGUGUUCAAAAAACAGCAAAGCCUUCUAACUCUCCAAAAAAAAAUCAAUUUCGCAUUCAAUAUUUUUUUUGCUUCGUGGAAAUGAAACUCAAAUCGAGCAGAGCGAAGCAAAAGCAGCAGAGAACGAUGCCUAAUUUGAAGAAGAAGCUUCGGUCAAAGCUUCCUCGCCGGAGACGAACUCAGAUCUCUCCGAUUCUGCGUUUGUAUUCGAUUUUCAAUUCUCGUGUUAACAAUUCUGGUUUCUCUGCCUUUUCUGUGGAUUCUAGCUCUUGCUCUUACUUCGGCGCUGAAGUUUCUUGCAACUCGAAUAUGGUUUCGGUUGAAUCGGAGUAUAAGGCGAAGCCUAAUUUGAAGAAGAUCCGGAUCGGAGAAAUCGAUUCUGGAACUGUGUUUUAUACGAGAUCGUAUUGUAGAAGAAAGAAGGACUUCGAAGAGGAUUGUGGAGGUGGAAAACCGGAGGUCUCUGAAUCGUCUUGCGUGGAAUCGAACUCUGGUGCUGAUGCUGGAUUUUCCAGAGACAAACGGUUGAAGUUGAAGAUUGGAACAGGAUGUGAGAUUGUGAAGGAAAUUAGAGGCAAUGAAGGUUCAGAAAUGGUUACUACUUCGGAGAUUUCCUGCGUUGAACAAAUCUCCGAUGCCCGAAAUAUCAACGGCUCGUUAUAUUCUAAGAAAAACGAGGCGGUUUCGCAUAAUCCUGCAGUGAAAUCUUGCUUUGAAGCUAAAUUAGGAGAAAAAACGACCAAACACAGCGAAAACAGCGCAUCUGGAUUUGAAUACUGUGAAAUUUCAAAAAAUAACGUGGAUAAGAAUUUAACGGUUUCGAAUUCAGAAUCGACCAUAGAACAGAAGCCAGAGAGCUUCGGAUUCGACUCCGAACUUGCUUGUACGGAGCAGUUCUCAUACGAAGACGAAUACGUCUACUCAUCCAGUCACGGAACGGAAUAUUCUGAGUUCCAAUCGGAGAUUUUCCUGGAAAAUUCGGACCUAUAUUUUUCUGAAUACACUCCGUCCCUUUUCUUAGAUUCUCAAAGCGAAUUCUCCGAGAAAUCCAUUGGAGAUUCAACUUCCUCACCCACUUUCGCCUUGCUCCUUCAGUACAGAGAAGAAUUUUCCAGAUCAACUUAUGCUCUAGAUUUUGAAGUCGGUUCAAGCAUUGAAGAGGAGCCUAAAUGUCAAUCCCCGUUUGUGAGAUUCGAAGAUGAGGACGACGAAGGAAGCUACCAGAUGCUAAGGAAGAGAGAGAGGGCGAAGGUAUAUCUGCACGACUAUACCGACGAGUACUGCUCCAAGACGGAGUACGGCAGCCUCGUCCUCCAACAGCGAUCGUAUAUGAUCCAUUGGAUCGUCGAGCACAGUACUGAAACGCAGCUUCAUCAAGAGACGAUGUUCCUAGGAGUUAGCCUCUUCGAUCGAUUUCUAAGCAAAGGAUUCUUCAAAAGCAAGAGGAUCCUUCAAAUAGUUGGUAUAGCUUGUAUUACACUUGCCACCAGGAUUGAAGAAAAUCAGCCCUUUAACAGCGUCUGGAAAAAGAAAUUCUCCGUUGGGAGCAAUGAGUACAGUAGAUGCGAAGUGGUGGCCAUGGAAUGGCUUGUUCAAGAGGUUCUCAACUUUCAAUGUUUCCUGCCCACAAUCUACAAUUUCUUAUGGUUCUAUCUGAAAGCUGCCAGAGCUGAUGGGGAGUUAGAGAAGAGGACCAAGUACUUGGCAAUGUUGCAGCUGUUUGACCAUGUGCAACUGUCUUUCUGGCCCUCAACAGUUGCGGCUGCGCUGGUCAUCCUGGCUUCUUUAGAAAGCGAUUACUUCGCAACUCGCCAACGUGUCAUAGAGACUCAUAUCAGAACAGGAGGUGAAGAUUUACAUGAAUGCAUAGAGAGCCUGGAGUGGUUGUUGAGGUAUAUAUGAUAGCUUGUAUCAGCAGGGAAAGGAACAUGACCAUCAAUUACUAAUCUGUUGAGCUGUAUUCACAAAUAUCUGAAGAAAUGGGCAAAAAGCUAUAUACGAUCGGAUCAAGGUGACCUUCUUAAAUCUGAUCAAUAAGUAACACUUCUUUUAAUAACCUACCCGAUGCCUAACGAUUAAAUCAUCUCCAAUUCAUACAUUCAAAUCUAGCAGGAAAGAAAAGUUUUUGUUCUGUUCUGCUUUGUAUUUCUUAUUGUUUAGUGGAGAUAUCUUAGCUCUCCUGGCGUAUUCAUAGUAUAUAUCUUGUAGUAAUUGCUGUGGUUUACAUUGGGAUAUGAUGCUUUGGAAUGUUUACAUUCUAAAACCUUUAACAUGCUGCCCACCGAAAAUCCAAGGGGUUUCUCAGUACAAACAACAAAUUCAGUAUCCAAUUUUUGUGUGUUUGAUCUGAAAAUAGAGGACCACAUUUCCUCUUAACUUUUGAGUGUUCUUGUGAUUAGGCAUUAGAAGUGUAUACUAUUGUGCAUCUAUUUUGA